AAGUAUAGAGUGAACCAAACAUGGCCUUUGCUUUGCUCUGCCCUGUUCUCCUCUGCUCCCUUAAGACCCAUUUAUUUAGGGGGAGUAAUACUUCCUCCAUUUACUUUUGAUAGCUAUAGUUAAAAAACUCAAAUGUUCAAAAAUGAUAGUUAUAUUUGCUAUUGUCAUAAACUGUUGCAAUAAAUAGCACUAGUAACGAGGAGUUCCCAAUUAAAAUAUUAGAGGACCAACAAAAAAGUCUAUGUUGCAUUUACUAGAUUGAUAAGUACACUUGGUGCCCUUGGUGAUUGUCUCGUAUGGAAAUAUAUCAAUCAAUCAAAACAUAGUAUAUAGGAAAGGAAAAGAGAAAUAAUAAGGAUUGGCCGCGGGCCGAUGUAGAGCACAUACCAACCAAAGCCCGUGCAAGCAUGUAAACGGGCCGGCGGCCUGGACAAACCAACAACAACAACAACUGAGGUUUGGUUUGACCCUGGUCGGUCGGCCAUCGAAAACCGAGCCGACCGGACCCGAUCCGACCAACCAGACACGUCUCCUUUUAUUUUAUUUAUUUAUUUAUUAUUAUUUCUCUUGCUGAAGGAGAAGAAGAAGAAGACCCGCCCGACCAAGCGGCCGGAGGAAUCCAUUCAAAAUUCUCGCUCGCCCCCGUGCAGCUCCAGCCCGGAGAAAGCAAGCAAGCAAGCAAGCAAUGCUCCUCCUCUUCCUCCUCCUCCUCCUCGCCGCCGCCUCCCCGACCCCCUCCGUCCUCGCCGACGUGCCGCCUUCCAACAAGGUGGUCUUCAUCCUGGCGGGCCAGUCCAACAUGGCCGGCCGCGGCGGCGUCGUCGCCAACCGCUGGGACGGCCGCGUCCCCGCCGACUGUGCCCCCUCCCCCGCCGUCCUCCGCCUCACCCCGGACCUCCGCUGGGAGCAGGCGCGCGAGCCGCUGCACCAGGGCAUCGACGCCGCCAACCACGCCGUCGGGGUCGGCCCCGGGAUGCCCUUCGCCAACGCGCUGCUCCGCUCCGGCCGCGCGGGGGCGCCCGUCCUCGGCCUCGUCCCCUGCGCCGUCGGGGGCACAAGGAUGGCCGACUGGGCCAGGGGCACCGACCUCUACGCCCAGAUGCUGCGACGGGCGAGGGUCGCCGUCGAGACGGGGGGACGGAUCGGGGCCCUGCUCUGGUACCAGGGGGAGAGCGACACCCUCAGGUGGUCCGACGCCAACGAGUACGGCCGCAGGAUGGGAAUGCUCGUCCGAGACAUCAGAGCCGAUCUAGGCAUCCCGCACCUCCUCGUCAUCCAGGUUGGAUUAGCAUCAGGCCUAGGACAGUACACUCAAGUCGUAAGGGAAGCUCAGAAGGGGAUCAAACUCCGGAACGUCAGAUUUGUCGAUGCAAUGGGGCUGCCAUUGCAAGAUGGCCACCUGCAUCUUAGCACCCAAGCUCAAGUCCAGCUUGGACAUAUGCUGGCUCAAUCCUAUUUGAAUUACUAUGGUGCCAUAAAGCGACAGUACUAAAAUGCAAUGUCCUCAAUAGGUGCCCAGUGUUGAGAAUCCUUGUCGCGGGCAACAUUUACAUCAUAGCAAUUUCCUUGCCUCGCUCACUUCGUUUCAACGACGGGUCCAUGUCUAUGCACACAAACACUACUUGAUUGGAGUUGAUCUAUCUGUCUCGGAGAAAAGAAAACAAUAGCAAGUCUGUUACAAUCUCUUGCAUUGUAUGAUGAACGGGAUUGAAAUGACAUUUAUUUCUCUUUUUUUUU